GUAUCAUGUUGAGAAUGCCAGUUUCUAUAACAAUUAUUGAAUUAUUGAUAAUGGGAGAAAGUUUUACUUGUCUUCCCUUUGUCCCCCUCGUGUUUUUUACCAAGUUCAAGUUCGUUUCUAACUGUGCCUUUUCAAUCGGGAUUCAAAUAUAUAUAAUGGGUGAUAAUGUUUCGAUUCGAAGCAGAGUUAGUAAAAUAGCCCUGUUAGCUAGCUACAUUGAUAUAAAUUUCGAUUUUACUUUCAUUUUUUUUUUCAUCUGCAGUUUAUUAAAUGGAUUCGAAUGCAUCGAGCUACAUUCUAAAUCACGCCGAAUACUAUCUAAGCAAAGAGGAUUCUAACAUCAUCGAUUUAGGACUAAGUUUACGUACUUUGCAGCCCGAUCAGGCUUGCUAUCCUUCUCCUCAUGAGAAUUAUGAACUCUUAGUCGAAUGGCAUCACCGGUUCAAAAGGACGACGAAUUUAAACCCUCAAAUUGUGAAGCAAAGCCGUGAUGGAGAAGAAUCGGAAGGGAUUCAAAGCAAACAACGUUGGGCGAGUUAUGUGAAGGUCAACAUGGAUGGAGUGAUUGUCGGUAGAAAAAUCUGCAUUCUCGACAGUGUGGAUUACUCGAGUCUCGCGCUUCGACUCGAGGAAAUGUUUGGGAAACAAUCGAGUUCGGGUUUGAGGCUUUUCGAAGCCGAGUCGCAAUUCUCAUUGGUUUACAAGGACACGAAUGGGAAGUGGAGAAACGUUGGGGAUGUUCUGUGGAUGUGAGUUCUCUGUUUCUAAUGUAAAUUCGUUAAGGCUACGUUUGGAUUGAGAGACUUGAAAUCUCUUGAUUUUGGAUGUGAGUUAUCUAUUUCUCAUGUAAACUCAUUAAGAUCACGUUUGAAUUGAGAAAUUUGAAAUCUCUUGAUUCUGAUCUCUUGAUUUUGGAUGUGAGUUCUA